AAAAUGUCUAGCAAAUCUCAACCUCCAAUUCAAGAGAAGACCUUUCAUGAAUGGUCAAAAAAUAACUUUUACAGGACAAGUUAUAUCAAUCACUAUACAUAAGUAAAAGAAUAAACUCAAAUCUGUUAGUUGCCUUAAGAGCCUAAGAAUACAGCAGUUCCUGGAUAUGCAGGAUAUGUUCCAUAUGUCUAAUCUGAAAAUUUAUAUGGAGAAAGAUUCUCUGAAGUGGCUAGAAAGUCAUUUGCAGAUUCUAAAUUAGGAAAGUUUAAUAAAUUGUCUUCAACAGGAUUUAACUUUGACUCUAAAGAAUUGAUAGAUCCUCAUAAAGAAGCUUAUUCACACAAAUAUGGAUGUCAAACUAUCCUAAAACAUCAUCCUUGUACUCACAUAGAUAAAAUGAUUACAUCUUAUUAAGACGGUUUCAAGAAGCCUUAAAAUCUUGUUGCUCCAACGUAUAAACUUAUGAAAAUAUAAUCUAGAUUUCGAAAGACAGAUAGAUAUUUAGAAACUUCAUAAGCCCAAACAAAAACAUCAGGUUUUUAGAAGAAUCAUAUGUAAUUUGAUGGAUCUGGUUGGAUUCCUCAUGAAAAUAUGAAUGGUUAUAAAUUUAUUUUAAUUAGAAGGUGAUUAAAUAAGAACAGAAUAUCGUAUAUAAUACAAUUAAGAAAAACCAUUUCAUAGGAAUCCUGUCCAGUUUAAAUUAAGAAAGAUGAAAUCAACAGAAAUGAAUUAUAAACAUACCUGA